CGAGUUGUUUUCAUAUCGUUGUGCUGGUUAUUCACCUAUUCAAAUUACGGGCUCAGAUUAUAAUCGUUUAAAAGAUGAUGAUGAGUUAAACGACAACCUUAUCGUGUUUUACAUGAGAUAUUGUCUAGAAAAACUUCGUAAAAAUGAUGAGAAUGAUGCAAAACGAUAUUAUCUUUUUGAUUCAUUCUUUUAUCAAAAAUUAUCUGAUUUGAAUGAUAAUUUCAAAAGAAACAAAAGCAAAAUUUACGAAACGAUGUCAAGGUGGAUCAAAGUCGAUCUACUUGAAUUUCGAUAUAUUUUUGUUCCAAUCUGUGAAGAUCAACAUUGGUAUCUGGUACAUAUUAUUAACCCAGCUGCGAUUAUUAGCAAUCCAUCCGAUUGUCACAUUGCGGUUUACGACUCUAUCGCUACGAAAUUUAAUCAUAGACGUGCCGUGCGCAUACUUAAAAAUCUAUUAAUUGAUUAUAUACGAGAUGUUAAAGGUGAAACAAUUAAACCAAAAAUUCCUCAAUCGAUCGUGAAUACACCUAAACAGUCAAAUACAGUCGAUUGUGGAGUUUAUAUUCUACACUUUAUAGAAACAUUUAUGGAAAACUCUGAUGAACUUGAACAACAAAUUGUCGAUAAAGAAACUGAUGAGGAACAAUGGAACCCUGCCGCUUUAUCUACAAAACGUCAAACAAUUCUAGAAACAAUAAAAAAAGUAGAGGCUGAAUAUCAGUC